AGUGCAGAAGCGCUUCUCAACACUUCGCCUAACCUAUUUCUCUAAGACUAGUUAUAGGUAGAGUAGUUCCCCAAGUUUGUUCACCAACAAAUUCAAUAAGUAAAUAUGUUACCUGUAUAGAAUAAAAUGAGUAAAUAUUAAAUAUUAGCUCGAAAUUUAAAAUAUAUGUUAUCAAUCGGGAUUCAAGAUGGUGUCACCUCGUUCGCUAAUUAUCAUAUAUUUUUAGAAUUGCCAUGUUAUAAAGCGAAAAAUUGAAACGUAUUAUGUAUUACUGUAUUUAUUGAGUUUCAAUACCGUCAAACAUCACUUUUAAGAAUGAGAAAUUUGAGGAAUUAUUGUGGUGCCAUUAAUAUAUCUGAAGAAUUAUUGUGAUGCGAUCUAAAUAAGAAAUGUAAAAAAUUGUUUCGGCGCCAUAUAAAGAAAUAUUCGUCUGAUAGGUUGGCAACGGGUGAGAGGUGUCUCUCUCACUCUAGUUGUGUGUCAUUUUCGAGCGACAAAUAAUAAACAACCAACUAAACCGAUAACUCUGACAAUGAGUAUGAAAACAGCGAUGAAAACAAAUAAUACUAAAAGGAAGAGACGUACAAUAUGCUUCGUGCCUGGCUGUCUUUCAAAUAGUGAUAACUCGCCGAACAAAGUAUUUAUUGCUGCACCAAGAAACUCUGCAAUUCGUAAGAAAUGGGCAGAAAGCGUGGGUCUAACCCGCGGUCUAACCGGAGAUCGUGCUGUCUUCAAUCCAGGUUCGUGGAUGCAUUGCUGCGAAGAUCACUUCAAUUUGCCAGAAGACGCGGAACAUUGGGAUAACUAUACAGUAAUGGGAGGACCUAUCAGAGUAAAACAUGGAGUUGUUCCCCAUCUUAAUAUUCAAUCAAGAGAAGAUGAAACAUUGGUAAAAUCAGAGCCACAAGACACAUUCAGCUCUUUGAGGUUAUCGCCAAAGCCAUCAACACCUUUAGAGGAUCAUUUAGUCAAGUCCUCAACCUCGGGAGAGUCAUUUAGUUGUUCAGCAAACCUACUUACAGUUGAUGAUGAAACUGAUGAUUACAAACUUUUAGUUUCUGAUUCAAUAAGUUAUUAUACUAGCUGCGAUAACAGUACUCAAUGUAAUUUGCUCAAGACACCUCAUUAUGUGAGCAAAGGCUGUAACACUGACUCAACUUUAACCAUAAAUUCUUCACUUGGAAUAAAAACGACCGAUAUACCUUAUAAUCUCCGGAGUAAACAAAUCGCUCAAGUCUUGAUGGACGAUGAUGCGCAUGAAGAGGCUUUGGACGAGGCAUCUUCAGAUGAAGAAGAUUAUUUGUCCCAAGAGAGUUCUUAUUCUACAGAAAGCGAGGAUGACUUCCACGAAGAUGAAAAUACCAGUUUAGAGCAGCGUCCUUCAGAGGUUUGCGCGCAAAGAGAUGGGAGCGUUAGCGAAAACUCUGAAAACUCAACUGGCGACUGGCCAUUAACGACACUUCAAGGCAAGAACGGGUACAAAUGGAGUACGAAAAUUCUAACAAGAUGCUCAGAUCGUCAUUUGCCAUCAGAAUCAAAGUUUGUUCCUGGCCCCGUUGGUCCUGCUGCAGGCUUAUCAACAAUUGAAGAUUUUUGGAGUGUAUUAUUUACUGAUGAAAUCUUCAAAAUUAUAGUGGAUAAUACGAACGACAAGAUUGAAAAUGUUUGCACUGGGAUGAUAUCACAAGGUCAAACAAUGCAGUCGUAUCACCAUCACACAGACAUGGAAGAAAUGAAGGCUUACGUUGCUUUAUUUUACUAUUCUGGAGCAUGGAAGUGUUCGAAUGUAGAUAUUCACGAGUUGUGGAGUGCAUCAAACGGAUUAACGUUUUAUCGGUGCGUAAUGCCACGAAUGAGGUUUACUUUUCUUAGUAUGUGUAUUCGAUUUGAUAAGAAAGAAACAAGAGAUGAAGCUGAUAAAUUCGCGCCAAUAAGAGAAGUUUGGAAUAUUUUUAUUCGAAAUUGUCAAAUCUGUUACAAUAUUCAUUAUAAAACAACUGUUGGUGAGCAAUUACUCAGUUUCCGUGGACGAUGUUUAUUUCGUAGGCACAUGAAAGCAAAGCCGGAUAAAUGCGGGUUACAAUUGAAAAUUUUGAAUGAUGCUACAACCGCGUACUUGUACCAUGCUAUUCCUUAUUUAGGAAAAGUAACUUUAGAUGAAAAAUUAGCAAAUGAAAGUAUUCCAGAAUAUUAUUUAAGAGCAGUAACCGAACCGAUUCAUGGGUCAGGUCGUACGAUAACUUGUGAUAAUUGGUUUACAACCAUUCCGAUGCUUGACCGUUUUUGUGACGAACCUUAUAAUCUAACGGUAACGGGAACAAUUCACCAACAUAAAAGGGAAAUUCCAGCUGAUUUCAGAGUUGCAUCGCAAACAGUGCCCCACACAAAGUUUUGUUUUUCUCCAAAAAUAACUUUGCUUUCUCACACACCAGAAAAAAAUAAAAUUAUACUUUUAGCUUCAACAUACUCUAAAUCUACUGAAAUAAUUGACGGAAAGCCUCAAAUAAUAUUACAUUAUAAUAAAACUAAGGAACAAACUGAUUGUUUUGAACAAUUAUGUCAUGCUUACACUGUUACUAAAAGAACAAAUCGCUGGCCUGUACGUAUUUUUUAUGGGAUUCUUGACCAGGCUAUGGUUAAUUCUAGGAUUUUAUUGAAAUGUCUUUUAGUGAAUACAGGUUCCAGUGAAAAAGUAAGAGCGAUAGAUUGCAUGAGGAGAUUAGCUCUUCAUUUAGCAACACCACAUUUGCGAGCUCGCUUAGAAAAUCUUAGUGUCCGCCGUAAUAUCCGAAGUGGUAUUGCGGGAAUACUAAAUAUACAGAAACUUUCUGUUGGUGAAGAAAGACCGUAUUUUUCUAUUCGAGUGAGAUGCGGCCUUUGUCAACGAGGAUCUGAUCGGAAAUCGAGAGAAAAGUGCCCUUCGUGCCUGCGGUCGAUGUGUAAUAGGCACCGCGCUUACAUAUGCGUCGAAUGUGCACCUAUUGAACAAAAGUGAUGAUUAUUAUCAUUUGAUUUUAUACUUCUAGAACAUAUUUUCAUAAGAUAAUGAAUU